CGGGCUGCAGAGCCGGGACGCGGGGAGCCGGUGGCAUGGAGACCCGUGCCGCAGACGGCAGCUUCCUGGGCGACUUGGGUUUCUGGGUGGAGCGCACCCCCGUGCACGAGGCAGCCCAGCGGGGGGAGACCCGGCAGCUGCAGCAGCUGAUCGAGAGUGGGGCCUGCGUCAACCAGGUCAUGGUGGACUCUAUCACGCCCCUGCACGCGGCCAGCCUGCAGGGCCAGGCGCAGUGCGUGCAGCUGCUGCUGGCCGCCGGGGCCCAGGUGGACGCCCGCAACAUCGAUGGCAGCACCCCGCUCUGUGACGCCUGUGCCUCGGGCAGCAUCGAGUGCGUGAAGCUCCUGCUCUCCCAUGGGGCCAAGGUCAACCCACCCCUGUACACGGCAUCCCCGCUGCAUGAGGCCUGCAUGAGCGGAAGUUCUGAGUGUGUGAGGCUUCUUAUUGAUGUUGGGGCCAACCUGGAAGCGCACGACUGCCACUUUGGGACCCCUCUGCACGUGGCCUGUGCCCGGGAGCAUCUGGACUGCGUCAAAAUGCUGCUCAACGCAGGGGCCAACGUGAACGCGGCAAAGCUCCACGAGACGGCGCUGCACCAUGCAGCCAAGGUGAAGAACGUGGACCUCAUCGAGAUGCUCAUCCAGUUUGGAGGCAACAUCUAUGCCCGGGACAACCGGGGGCGGAAGCCAUCCGACUACACUUGGAGCAGCAGUGCCCCCGCCAAGUGCCUGGAGCACUAUGAGAAGACACCUCUGAGCCUGUCCCAGCUCUGCAGGUUGUCUCUCUUCACAGACCUCCCUCGGAGGGAUCGUCAGGAAAGACUCUCCCAGGAGCACAAGGGAGCUCAGCGGGGCUGGGGGUCCAGGGCCCUGAUGCUGAUUCCACACGCCCGGGAGGCGCCAUCUCUGAUUCCUUCAGCACCAGGUGGCCCUGGGUGUUCAAAAGGAGGACCUGUGCUGAAGAGGGGUGGGCCCCUGGGAGGGGGGUCCUGACUGCGGCCGGGACGCCACUUUGGGGACAGCCUGCCACUUGGGUGCUGUUUUCUGAAGCCACAGUCAGCACUUUCCGAGACCCACCUGCGCCCAGGUGUACCCACCGCUCAGGGGGGCUUUAUACGGGUCUUAUUGGGGAAGCCUCAGGCUUUUUAUUCCCCACAAUAAGCUCAGUGUUUCUUAGGAAGUUUUUCUUUAUUUUGAGGUCUCAAUUCUUUUCAAAAGUGUAUAAAGCAAAAACUUUUAGACACAUACGCUGUAACACUUAGGUUUCGUUAACAAGUCUCUAAAGCAACAGGUAAAAGGAAGGCAUCUCAGCACAUCUUCCCAGGGGUAGUGAUCCAAUGUGAAGCACUGUUAGGAAGCUCUUCAGAGAUUGUUUUUCAUCUCUUU